AUGUUGGCCCCUAAGUUUGAGGCUGCGGCUGCGGAGCUGAAAAAUGACAAGAUUCCCCUGGUCAAGGUGGACUGCACACGGGAGGGAAGACUAUGUGACGACUUUGACAUUCGUGCAUAUCCUACUUUGAAGGUAUUCCGUGGCCUCGAGUCUCAUGAACCAUACGAUGGCAGUCAGCAAACAGAAUCGAUUAUCUCUUAUAUGAUUGACGAGUCGAUUUCAACUGGGGCCGGGGCGUUGUAUUAUCAAUCCUAUGAUUAA